CCCCGCAGUUCGAUUGGAGACACCGGCCGGCGUCGACGGCUGUCGCGGAGCUCCUGUCUUUUUUCGGUUUCGCGUGUGCGUUCAACGUUCUCGAGUAAUAGUACUUUUCUUUCCCGUGUCUCGGGACGACGAGCGUGAUACUACUCUGACAGAGUUCUAGUCUCACGUACUACGUGUUUUCGAGACGAGUGCUUUCGUAUUGUACACACAAGAAGGAAGCAUAAAAGUGUUCCACGGGACUUGGUGUUUCUGGCAGUGCUCGUUACGGGUUCUUACGCUUUUCGCCGGAUUAAAUCGAGUGUCGCUAUUCGAUAACAGUGCGCGUCUCGUACAAACUCGCGGCAAAUCGAUCGGCCGGUUCGAUAGUCGCGCGAGAUAUGCGAAAGUGAACUUUGAAGGAGGCAGCGUGGUGCAUGUACAUCGCAGGACGAUGGCCGAACUUGGUGUUUGCCGAUUUUUCGUGAUCGUCGGUUACCUCACGGUUGCCUGGGUGCUCGCUCAAAACCCUGAAGAGGAGAAGACCACGUUCGAGGCUGCGUUUCAAGGAAAAUGCGGCCACGGGUCCCCCUGCGAGCAGCUUUGCUACGAGCUUCAUGACGGGAUGUACGAGUGCGAUUGCAAAGACGGUUACAUUCUCCAUAAAAACGGAUACAGCUGCGCUGAGCUGAAUUCCACGUCUCCGUCAACAGGCGAGUUCGGUGAAUUCGUCGAAGACGUCGAGAACGACGAAUUAACCAAAGACAGAGACGACGACGAGGAUGCAGUCGAAGACAUCCUUUACAUGCGGGGUGCAUCCUUUACGAUACAUCUGGAUCCCCCGGCAGAGAAUUCGACCACGAAUUCCACCAAGAUUAACGAGGAGAACAGUGCUCCUGUUGAUCGAAUCGAACCACGAGCCACGUCUCAGGGUCCCAAUUUGGAGCAAAAAUUACCGUCGACGAUGGAGAGUAUCGUCAGUACGGAACCGGCUUGUUCGUUGGAUUGUGGACCAGCAGGAAACUGCUACAUCGAGCAGUCCCGAGGGGAUGACGUUGAUCUGCUCGACGAGGAUGCUGAAAAUGUAGCGGAGGACGCAUCGAUGUCUAUGGAUCUCGAAGGAAACGACGUGACUCCCAGACGGAAGGAGUCCUUUAGGCAACGGUGCCAGUGUCCCUUAGGAAGAGGCGGUGAUCGAUGUCAACUUGAAACGGAGGUGAGAUCGCCACGUUUCACGGGCUCCGGUUGGCUGGCAUUUCCAGCCCUAAAAGCUGCUUACAAGCACGUCCAAUUAGAAUUGGAAUUCCGACCGGAAGCUUGGGAUGGAAUUCUGCUGCUCGCAGGCGAGAGGGAUGAUCUUCAGGGUGACUUUAUGGCCUUGAUACUGCAUCACGGUUUCAUCGAAUUUAGGUUCGAUUGUGGCAGCGGAGUCGGUACCGUCAGAAGCACACAAACAGUCAGACUGAACGAAUGGAACACACUGACUGUAUACAGACAUCGAUGGGACGCCUGGAUUCAGCUGAAUCAAGAGAAACGCGUAGAGGGAAGAUCGAAGGGCUUGUUUGCGAGGAUUACCUUCCGCGAGCCGUUGUUCGUCGGUGGGCCCGGAAACACAACUGGUCUCGACCGACUUCCGGUGAGGACCGGAUUUAAGGGUUGCGUCCGGCAUCUGGAAGCCAACGAACACCGCUAUCGUUUCCCUCUUGCGCCGCAGGGCGAUGCUGCGAACGGUUUCGACGUUGAGGAAUGCACAGCAGAUAGAUGUAGCAAGGUGCCCUGUUCCCAUGGUGGGAAAUGCUUGACCACCGGAGGCGACACCGCCGUCUGCCUCUGUCCUCUCGGAUACACGGGUGAUCUUUGCGAGACCAGGGUAGAUUUACAGGUACCGUCUUUCAACGGAUCUUCUUAUCUUCGGUAUCCAGGAUUGGCCGACACGUCGCUAUCUUGGCUGGAAUUGGCUGUCACGUUGAAACCCACCGCUCCAGAUGGUGUUAUUCUUUACAACGGCCAUCAUAGCGACGCAACCGGUGAUUUCAUCGCGUUGUACCUUUCAUCGGGACACGUACAGUUCACUUUUGACCUGGGAACGGGACCCGCCACUUUAAGAAGCGAGAAUCCUGUCAGACUAGGCGAAUGGGUAGAAGUACGAGUGUCGAGAACCGGACGUUUAGCCUCGCUGGAGGUCGAGGAUGACCCUCCUCAGGAGAUCCUUGCACCAGGAGCUUUUACACAACUCUCGUUGCCACUAAAUCUCUAUCUGGGUGGUGCACCAUCCACGGACAUGUACUCUCCGAAGAUGAAAACCACCGCGAGCUUCGUCGGAUGCAUUCAGACCGUCAUUUUAAAUCGUAGAGAGAUUGGAAUACUUGCGGAGGCCCUCGGAGGAGUGAAUGUCGGCAAUUGCGGACAUGCUUGCGAGGCGAGGCCUUGCGGAGACGCAGAAUGUCGUCCUCUUCGGGAUCGUUUCACUUGUCGUUGUCGACCUGGUAUGCCUCAUCCUUGUCCAGCACCUGACGACAACACGAUCCUGAAUGAAUCCUUAACAAAACCGAACGUUGGUACGCGAUACGAGAGAUCAGUUCCGAGCUUCUCUGGCAGCGAGAGUUAUCUUCACUAUAAUGAUGCUGAUACUAUGAAGAGGAUAAUCAGCUACAGAGUGGACAUAAAUAUGAGAUUCAGAGCAAGUAGCAGCAGCGGUCUGCUUCUCUGGAGCGGACGACAGGCCGACCCGCAAGAACAAAGAGACGAGAACGACGAUUUUCUUGCUUUGGGAUUGGACCACGGUUAUCUGACGUUAGCUUAUAAUCUGGGCUCCGGCCAGGCUGUUCUGCGGUACAACUUAACGAGACUGGACGAUGAUCUAUGGCACCGUGUCCGAGCCGUGAGGAACGAGCAGUGGGCGUCGUUGGUCGUCGACAGCGGUACAGGAGUGUCGGCGUCCUCUCCUGGACAGCUCAGGCAACUCAACACCGACACGGGUCUUUACGUUGGUGGUGCUCCAGACAUCGUAAGGACGACAGGAGGUAGAUACACGAAGGGGAUCGUCGGAUGUAUCAGCGAUCUAGUUCUGGAUUCCGAUUUCUCCGUGGCUCUCUCGUCUCCAGGACAAGCAACCAACACGCACUCGUGCAUCCCCUGAAAGCAUCCGUACCGUCCAACGUUAGAUGGUUAGGUCCUCGCGGAUCAGCACUUAGGAUAUGAAAAUGCAUCACAAUGAAUGAACUGGCUAAAAGCCAGAGCAAUGUCGCCCGGCGUUCAAGGUGGACAACUUAACCUCGCUGGACAAGACACCUUGAACGCUGGCCACGUGUCGACGUGAAAUUCAUCCACCGAUCACACACUGUUCAUCAUUUUUGUACAGAUUCAUCGCGACGACGAAAUUCUCCCGUAAAAUAGGAUAACGAACACCAGGAUUAACGGAAAAAUACGAAAAAAUUAAUAGGCUACGAACGUCGACAGUCGAAUGGUAGACACAGCUUACUGUAAAUAUUAAAUAUGAAAGGUAAUCGCGGUAUUUGGAGAUCUUCAGUCGCCUCAACCACGUGUUUCCGUUUAGUGGCAACUUCCUGUCCCUAACAUCGUCGCGUCGAAGCUUUUCUUCAUUCGACGACGAACGUCCCGUUUCGUUGCUUAAAUCUAACUACGAUCUUUUUCAGAAUGACGGAGGAUCAGAAUUUGUGAAUCGAACAGAUGAUGCUUUUCAUUCAGUCUUGUCUGAGUUCCUACGAGUUGGACUGGAAGUUGUUACGAAGAAGGAACGCGAGUCUAGUCAGUCUCCGGCCGGAUUAAAAAGAACUCGACGGAGCGCGUCUCGAAAGACGGCUUUCGGCCUAAUGAGAUUAAACUACGUAGGAAGAAAGAGGAAACGUGAGAACAGAGCACAACCCCCGUCGUGUCAAUUUUUAUUAAGCCCUUCGACCGGACACCAGAGACCAGGGCCGUCGAGAGAUGUCACAGGGCCCCGGGGACAAAAAUUUACAUGGGUUAAAAAAAAUUAAAUGCGACCCCUGUGAACCCCGGGCCUAGGGGAUUUUACCCAUCAACCCUUACACUCUCUUGUCGGCCCUGGUAAUCCUUGAUACACACUAUCAGUAAAAAAUUAUUACACUUAAUUUUUGUUAAAAUUAAUACAUUACUUUACAGAUACAAGAAGUUGAAAAUUUGAUAUGAAGAAUAUUUAAAAGUGAUUUAGAAAUUACUGCUUUGGGAAUGAGACUAAAGUGUCCCUAGCAGUGUGUAGUUUCACAUGCAAGUCCCAGUAAUGAAAUAGAAGAUGCAUGAAGUUUUCUUAUAAGUUAAGGGAAAUUUUUGACUGAUAGUGUAAAUCGAGAGCCACCAUUGGUUCGAUCUCGACAGAGAGAAGAGACGAUGAGGUUCGAAUCGAUAUCGAGGCACCUGAAAUACGUCCAGACACUUCACGCGACACCUCUAGAUUUUAUCAUCUAAGAUUAAUCAGGAUGUUUGUUUUUGCUAUGGGUGCGAUGCACCAUAAGAGCACCGCUUUGUUUCUCGUUCGAGCGAGCACGCCUCGAAUGCUCGAUAGAGAGAUGUAGACUCGAGCAGAAUCAUUAAAUCAAUUACGAAAGGUACAAGAUGGACCAAAAGCAAUUAACAUCUUUAAUGUUGCGAAGGAAUUCUCGUUGCUUUUGCGUCCGCUCGAUGAGCACGCGAGAUGCGAAGAAAAGAAAAUGGACGCUCGCUUGUUCAUCGUUACGAGAACCACUAUGCUUCGUAAUGUACUUCCGCAGCUGCCAGUGUACGCUCCUUGACGUUUCCGCUUAAGAAGCACCGAGCUGCACGUUUCUAACGGUUAAAUAUCUGUAUAAAAGUAGCAACUUAAUUAACGGAGAUGUCCUUGCAUAUUUUCUUAACUCAAGGGUAGGAACUUUUCCAAAUGACCCUGAACGAACGGAUCUGAAUCAUGCGUUUAAUCACUUCGACACGAUGACCAGAUUGUACUUACAAUUAAUAUAAUCGAGAUCUUUGGGAUGUGAGUAUGGUACUGACAUAUUUAGAUGAAUUUCUAUGUUUGUUAAAGUUGCAGUCCUAUUGAAUAAGUCUCUAGAUUUGGUAGUAAUAUUACUAUACUGUUGUGUAGCAAUAUUACUGUUUUCCAAGUUAUCAAAUUUUUGUAUGUCUAAGCAUAAAUUUUCCUAAUCCCAAAUUUCCAAAUCCUUGAGUUCUU